AAUGUAGCGAGAGCGGUAGAGACACCCAGAAACUCUUCCAUAGACAGAGACCUGGACACACAUACAGAAGGAACCAGGUUGCAAGCAGUCACACCGUAAAUCUCUCUCUCUCUCACACACACACACACACACGCAACCAGCCAGCCAGCCAGCUAGCCAGUGGAAGAAGCUGCACUCUGAAAAUAUAUAGGAUAGGAUGCCUCUAGGAGAGAUGGACAAAACAUGGAAAAAGAAGGAGGAAAUUAAACUGGCGUACGAGUUCAGAGAAGUCCUGGGAACGGGUGCAUUCUCUGAAGUGGUUCUCGCCGAGGAGAAGCGGACUCAGAAAUUGGUUGCUAUUAAGUGUAUCCCCAAAAAAGCUCUGGAGGGAAAGGAAAACAACAUUGAGAAUGAGAUUGCUGUCCUUAGGAAAAUCAAGCACACAAACAUUGUGUCACUGGAAGAUAUUUAUGAGAGUCCAACACAUCUCUAUUUGGUGAUGCAACUGGUGUCUGGUGGUGAACUGUUUGACAGGAUAGUGGACAAGGGCUUCUACACAGAGAAAGAUGCCAGCAUGUUGAUUAAGCAAAUCCUUGAUGCUGUCACCUAUCUGCAUGAACUGGGCAUUGUACACAGAGACUUGAAGCCCGAGAAUCUGCUGUAUUACAGUGUCGAGGAAGAUUCCAAAAUAAUGAUCAGUGAUUUUGGCCUGUCUAAAAUCGAGGGGACUGGGAGUGUUAUGUCAACAGCGUGUGGUACACCAGGAUACGUGGCUCCUGAGGUUCUGGCCCAGAAACCCUACAGCAAAGCAGUUGACUGCUGGUCCAUAGGCGUGAUCUCUUAUAUUUUGUUGUGUGGUUAUCCUCCAUUUUAUGAUGAAAAUGAUGCAAAGCUCUUUGAGCAGAUUCUAAAGGCUGAAUAUGAAUUUGAUUCUCCAUACUGGGAUGAUAUUUCAGACUCGGCCAAAGAUUUUAUUCAACAUCUGAUGGAAAAGGACCCAAAUAAACGCUACACCUGUGACCAAGCUUUGCAGCAUCCCUGGAUUGCUGGUGAUACUGCAUUAGACAAGAACAUCCACGAAUCUGUCAGUGCCCAAAUCAAAAAGAACUUUGCAAAGAGUAAAUGGAAGCAAGCUUUUAAUGCCACGGCUGUUAUACGUCACAUGAGGAAACUACAACUGGGUACCAGUCAGGAAGGGUCAGUGCAGAACACACCAACCAGUCCAUGCCAUGGGACACUGCUGGUACCAGGGGAAGAUUCAAAAAAUGGUUCACCCUGUGAUGAAUGCCCUCUUCCCUCACCACAUUCGCCAGUACAAACGGAACAAAACUUGCUGACCAACCAUUCUCACAGUUGCCACUACUCUAACCGGGUCUAAGUCCAAGUGAAGACCAUCAACAUUGCUGGUUAUUGAUGAUGUAGCCUGGGCUCAGAGGCAGAUUUUAAAUGUAACAAUCAUUCCAUUCUCAGUACAUAUUACCUGAGAGCCUUGUGCUUGGGGCCUCUUCUGAAUGCUCUUAAACUUUCCUGUUCCCCAGAAUGUCGAACCAGUAGAACUGCUGCCUGUGGUGUGAUGAUUACUUCUGGGUGUGAGGGGGGUGCUACGGGCAAGCUAAUGGUGCAAGUGAUACUCGGGAGUGAUAAGAACUUGAUCAGGGCCUGCAUUUUAAAUUUCAUCGCUGGAAACUGAUUACUUGUGAAUCAGAGAGAUAAUACAGAAUAAGUUCGACGUCAAAUCUUUGUGACAGCUAAAAAGCUGGGACAGGAAUCUAAAUAUUUUAAAUUUCCAAUUGAGAUGUUUUAAAAAUAAAAGCAAACAGAAAAAAUCAGUAAGAAAGGGCUCAAUAAAUUCAGACACUGAUAGCCAGGUGAGCUUGACCCUGCAUUCUCUCCCUUUAUAUGAUGAUUCCUUGUACAAAGGUCACCCUAUAGAUAACUGUUGUUUUAAUGUUGAUGAUACUUUGAAUCCUCUUUGUAAUAUCUAGAGGAUUGUUCCAGGUAUCGUGCAAAGUGCCACACAGGUUUGACCUGAUAUCGAGGCUGUUUUGUGAGAGUAUGUAUAUAUAAAUAUGAAGAAUUUAGUCAAAUUAUCUCUUAUAGCGGGACCAAGCCCCACCACAUUGACAUCUGGAUUCCUGCGCCAUCAGAUUUUCCAGCUUGAUUACUGUGGACUGUCACAAAUGAUCCAUCUGAGUGUCUGUGAUCACACCUUAUCUGUUUUUUUAGAACCUUUAAACCCAAAUGGGUAAUUGGAUCAUCAUUGCUUUGUCCUUACUUGAAAUGCUUCAUGAACCUCUACUGCAAGAGCCAGAAUGUUGUGUGAUAAAUGGAUAGUUUUGAAGUCCAGCUUCUAAUGCUCCUUCAGAUCGAGGAGCCAUUUUAACAGUUGUUUGAAAUUGUGCUGCUAUAGGAAUUAUUCAAACUUGCCAACCAGUACCAUUUGAUUAACUCAGUGAAUUUUUUCAGUUCAAAGAUUUUAGACAGAAAAAUAGUGGCUUUUAUUGGGCCUUUUGUACUUUUCCUUUUUAUGGAUCUCCAGUAGAACACACCAUUUAAGAAUCCUGAUAGGCCGAAAUCCUUGUAGCUGAAUGUUGGAUAAGGUAUGAGAAGAAUAUGAUUGGCUGCUGCAGAGCCCCUAGAUUUCCAGCUGCACCUUUAUAAUACAGGUGAUAAAAAAGAGGUUAACCAUUGUUUAGGUGCUCUUCAUUAGAUCAGAUGUUGACUUCAGUGACAUUUGUUACAUUCCGUUUUUAAUUAUUUGAUAUUUGCUUCCAUGAGAAUUAAUCCUUUCCUAAAGCUACAUGAUGCCUAGCUCAGGAAUAUUUUUACAUUGUUUAACAUGGUUUUAAUUCUAAUCAGUUGAUGAAAUUGCAUGUUUGCAGGUUUGAAAUACUAAGAAGGGCUAAGUCAUAGAGUUAUACAGAUAAAAAUCAGUCUUAACUUCCUUUCCAAUUUGUACAUGCAAGCACAUACAAUGUGGUGUAACCGGGAUUACUAUUUCCUACUCUGUUUUUCUUUAGUAGGAUCAAUUUUGGGGAAAGAAACAUCAGUAAUAUGAGGGGUUUCAUUCAUUGCCUACUCCAGUUUCUCUACUUAUUCAAACUGACUUCUUUCCUUCCAAAACCUUGUUCUGAGAUUGCAGUGCAGUCCUUCUGGAAAGCAGCUGUCAUCAUCUCUGCUCUGUGAAAUGCUGGAUUGGACUUCUUGCUUGCAAAUUAGUAAAUCAUAUAUCUUCUAUGAUGGUGACUCACUUACCAUGAUGUGACUCAGCUGAUGGAUCUGAAUAGAUUGCUGUCAUAUUGGCACUGUGACCAUCUGUCAGUUCUGAUACAGCUACAAGUACACACUGGGUAAAGGGGCCCAAUGCACUUUAUGUUUGGAACUCUACAGUUCUGGCAAAUCCCAGUGCCAUCUCCUACAUUAGGUAAUGCUAUUAACUGGGGAAGUUGGAUUCUCGCCACAGCAAAAGAGCUGGUGCUUAAGAACCAAGAGAAUCCUGUCGAUAACGGAGGACUCGGUUUUGAGUUUGUUUUGUGUUCUAAAACCUAUAAAUCCAGGAGUUUCUCUGGCCCAGGUUGGCAUUCAGUAACACUGCCAGAGUGACUCAGUUGCACUUCAAGUAAAGCGCCAUCCGUACAUCAGCCUGCCUCAACAAUAUGUCAGUCACACUACUGCUUUACCACGGUGCUCAGGGGCUAAGAAAAAGGACUCCAAUAACUAUUGAAAAGAAAAUGUGAAAUAUUUUUUGUUUAGAUGAGUUAAACCAAUGGAUACAGUUUUAUGGGUGGGUGCCUGCCCUCUAAUGCUCCAAAUAAGUGAAAUGUGAAUCUCAUUAUUGAGUGAGGCGCCUUCUCUACAAUUCUGUGGUGAUCUGACAUUAGUAUUGCUGAAAAAGAGACAUGCUGUCAAAGCUUUUCGCCUUGCACUCCUCAGGACAGAUGCAAGAAUACCAAAUUUCAAAGGGGAAAGUAAUUUAUACUGCAUGAGAAAAGGGGUGCUGAUUGGUUGGCAAAUGAUUGCUGAGACAUUGCCAUGGUGAAUGCACCAGGGAGCUAUUGACCCUCCAUGCUUUUGUUCAUUCAAAAAAGGUGUGAUGUCUGGACAUAUUACUUUUACCUGAAGAGGACAGAUCCCUGCAUGUGAAUAUAUGUAACUUCUAGCAAGCGUAAAAACUAUUCGGCCAUGGCAACAUCUUGUCCAAUCAGAGCUGACUUAUCAACCAAUCAAUGCCCUUUUCUUAUACAAUAUAAAUUGUUCCCUUUGAAAUUUGGCAUUCUUGUGUCUGUCCUGAUGAGUGCAAGAUGAAAAACUUUGACAGCAUGUCUUUUUUGUUCAGCAAUAUUCAAGUUCUGUACUACCAAGCAACUAUUCGAUCUAACAUUGUAGAGCUCAUGAGCCAAUGACAGCAAACAGCUGAUUUUGGAAGUAUAAAUUUAAAAAAAAGCCCUAAGGUUAAGAUAAAACAGUGAAGCUUUCUACAGUGCAUACUCUCUCGGUUUGCUGCCAUUAGCUAUUAGUCUUUAGCUAAGUCUUUACCUGAAAUUUCAGAAUGUUUGACAUUUGAUCGAAUGUUUAACACCAUCUAUUAGCCUUGUGCCCCUCAACUGGUCAGCAAAUAAAGUUAAAAUUCAGUAAUGUCACACAAUUUGUAGCGCUGGCAUGAGGUGCAUAAGUGGAGAUUCUGACCAUCGGUAUUUAGUAAGGGUAACUAAUGGGGAAAUUCGAAUGGGUGUAUUCUCCAGCAUAAGUCAGAUAAAAUAGUAAACUGUUUACUUAGGAAAUUUGGAUUUUAGGAUGGAUGUUGUAAUGUGGGCUUCAUCUAAUUUUCCACCCACAUUAAAAUUGGUAUUUAAACCCUCUUUGAUUUUUGUCCUAAUUAGAUACUUAAUUUGGGUACAAAAGCAAAGCGAUUGUUGGGUUUGAGCUUGAGUAACCUUUAAGUUACGUCUCACCAGAAUAUCAUUGUAAACAGCUCAGUUGUGUGAUCUUCCCUAUAUGCUGAGGUGCCUGGCAAUCUCCCACUUUUAACUACUUCUACAUCCUUUAUUGAGGGAUAAUCUGUCAUUUAGUCAGCCUACUCUAAGAAAGCAGAACCUGAGUACUGCAAUCACAACUGAAGUAUUCUUCCAUUGUUCAGAUGCUGAGCAUGAUCGCUGGUUAUGCCAAUUAGUACAAACCAGUAUUGUACUGUUGGAAAUUAGUCUUACAACACUAUGGGUUAAGAGGCAUUCAUCCUGUUUCGUUUAAUCACCAAAAGCUGUGACAUCAAUGUCUGGGACUCUUUGGCUUUACAGCUUCAGUCAUGGCUUGUCCUAUUUUACUUUGGUAGGUUGGACUCAUGGUUUUUUGAACCGCCUGCUAUGUACUGGUAACCAAUUGCUUGUAUUCGAGUGGAUUUCUGGGCAGGUCGUAUGAUGUUAAGGUGAUACAAAAUUAACGUGAUAUUUGACUUUGUGGUAGAUUUUGAAUUCUGUAGAAAUGAAAUGAAAAAACUGGAUUGUUGGGAACCUGCGAUAUAGCAGAACAUUCUAAAAAUACACUGCAGGCCCACAGCAUCUAUGAUAAGGAAAGGUUUCUGUUGAUGACACUUCUUCAGAAGCCAGUGUUAUGGCUGCAAAGAUUUUACAUCUCAGAUGUUAAUCGGACCUUUCUAUUCUGUUGGGUCUGCUGUAUAUUUUCUGUUUUUUAUUCUUAUCAAUUAACUGGGACUAUAAACUGCAGGUUAGUGUCUUUCUUCAGUCCAAUGUUUCCCAACUCUGCUAAACUGUUUUCCUUUGUGACCUGUCUACAUUUUGGACCAGUCAUGGGGGAAAAAGUGGUAAUGUCACUGCACUAGUAAUCCAGAGGCCCAAGCUAAUGCUCUGGGGACACGGGUUCAAAUCCCACAAAGGCAGCUGGUGGAAUUUAAAUUUUGUUAAUUAAACUCU